AUGAAGUUCCCAGCUGGUCUCACUCCCUCCCAUCCUAAUCAGGUGUGCUUACUGAAGAAAUCACUCUAUAGACUAAAACACGCCUCAAGGCAAUGGUAUGCUCGUUUAGCAGGUGCUCUAAGCUACAAAGGUUAUUCUAGUUCUUUGAAUGCCUAUUCUCUAUUCUACAAACACACAGAAAAGCGAACUUCCAUCAUUGCAGUAUACGUUGAUGAUAUUCUUAUCACAGGAAAUGAUGACACAGAAAUACAACAUAUUACUAAGUUUUUGGAUUCUGAAUUCAAAGUUAAGAACUUGGGGAAUAUUCACUAUUUCUUGGGGAUGGAAAUACUCAAAGAACAACAAGGAUACAUAGUCAGUCAAAGGAAAUUUACCUUGGAACUGUUGGCUAAGUUUGACUGUAAAGGGCCUACUGUUUCAUCUCCUCUUGAUCCAUACUGCAAAUUGCACGCUGACUUAGAACCACCCAUGGAGGAUCCCACUCUUUAUCGACGAUUGGUGGGUAAACUUAACUAUCUCACCAACACUCGCCCAAAUAUUUGUUUUGCUGUUCUUUACCUCAGUCAAUUUAUGCAAAGACCCUUCCUUUCACAUUUUUCUGCUGGUCUCAGAGUCCUUCGCUAUCUUAGAUCCGACCCAGGUCAAGGUAUUCUCCUUUCUUCUGCUCCUUCUUUUGAUCUCGUCACCUUUUGCGACGCUGACUGGGCUGCUUGUAAGGAUUCUCGUCGAUCCAUCAGUGGCUUCUUCAUUACCCUUGGAGGUGUGCCCAUUUCAUGGAAAUCGAAAAAGCAGAUUUCAAUUUCUUUGUCAUCCGCUGAAUCUGAGUAUUGA